AUGGUCGUUUCCUCUCCCCAAUCUUGCCUCCGCCCACCCUCUUCGUGCAGCAUUGUUGUGGCACGAGAUCCUCCAACGCAGGAGCCCAGAGUCCCCCUGAUCUACACCGCGGCCCAAGCGGGCGGGGACAAGGAGGACGUGAAGGGGCCCAUGAUCACCAACGAGGUGUUCUUCGACGUGUCCAUCGGCGGAGAGGCAGCGGGCCGCAUCGUCAUUGGCCUCUACGGCAAGAAGGUGCCCAAGACGGCGGAGAACUUCCGGGCCCUCUGCACGGGCGAGAAGGGUUUCGGGUACAAGGGCUCCAAGUUCCACCGGGUCAUCAAGGACAGGGUUCUGUCCCGCGCGUGA